AUCAAAAUAAACACAGAAAUUAAAUGCACAGAAUUUAAAUUCGUAAACUAUAAAGAAGCAGUUAUUUAAGCUAUAUAAAGUAUGACAAGUAAAUAGAUCAAGUAGAGAAAUAAAAAAUAAACAAAAUAGUUUUGAUUUUCGCGCAAAAAACACUUUCAAAAUAGUCAAAUGACUAGUAAUUCUUUACUUGGUCAAGAAAAUGAAAUAAAAAAAAACUUUAAAAAUUUAAUAAUAAUCAAAAUAUAGAGAAAAUCAAGUUUGUAGACGAAAAUAACUUAUCAACACGAACUAAUUAAAUGGCUAAGUGCCGUAAACAGAUACUUUAAUUAAUAAAUCAUCGAAUGCAGUGAUUUUUUCACUCAAAAGUUAGUUGUAACAUCAUCAAAAAAAUAUCAAUGGAAAUAUCAAGCGAAGAAUUAAUCUCAAUAGAGAAGAAAAAAGAGGAAAAUGAAAGUCAAAAUCUAUCUGACGGCGAAAUUGUUGACGACGAGGACAUAAAAAAUAGUAUAAUUAAUGUUCCAGUACAGAAAAAACUCCAGAAGAAUUUCCGUGCUCGUCAUUCGGACAAUUCUGAUGAAUCCGAAGACGAUGGUUUGACUUAUGAGAAGAAAUCAGGAGAGAGUGCUGACAAAAGUUCAAAGGAAUCGAGAAAAUUAAAUUCACGAAUUGAGAAUGGCGACGAAAAGUAUCUUCAAAAUGUUCGCAAAAAGAUCAUUAAUGAAUUGCAGGAUGAUAAAGACAGAGAGAAUUUGAAGAGAAACGAUAAUCAAAAGCAUUAUAAUGAUAGACGAAGUUUUCAUAGAGAUGAGCAGUUCCGUAGAUCCAGUAACAAUUUUGAUCGAAUGCGCCCACCUCCCAAUCCAAAUUCGAGCUUUUCUCAUUUUCGUCGAAACAAUGAUCAUAAUUUCCCUCGCAGAAAUUCCUUCAAUGAUCGCCGUGAAAAUGGGAAAGUGAAAUCUGACAUGCUGGAAGUGCGAAGUGUAAAAGGAUCAUUUCCUAUAUUUUUUCCGAAGAGCUGUAUAAAAUAUACAAAAACCCAACCAUCUAUCUCAUUUGCUGAAAAUCCAAGAGUUAAGCAAAGCUCAAAUGACUCCAGACGAGAAUCGACAAGCAAGCAUGAUGUAAAGUCUAAGGAUCAACCGAGAAAGGAAAAGAGAAGGUCAAGAAGUAAACACAGAAGUUCAGAUUCUCAUGAAAAUUUAAAGGAAUCGACAAGCAAACCAAAACAUACACCAAAGUCUAAGAUUGAGGAUGAAAAGGAGGAAUUAAAGCUUUCUAAAAUUGAAAUGAAAAUCGAAGAGAAAGAAGUAACAGACAAAAUAGUUCCAUUUAAAAUGGAAAGUCCAUCAUAUUCACCGAUUACAAGAGAAAAAUCGCCUGAAAACGAUAUAAUUGAUUCAUCAUGGAAGUUAGAAGAGCAUACACCACCAGAACAAGUCAUUGAGGAAAGGAUUAAAUUUGAGCCAAUCAUAAUUGAAAGGAAAAAAAUUAGGAAAAUUGAAAAGCCAAAAGUUAAUAUAUUCCUCGAAGACUCUGAUGAGGUCGAUGAAUUUGAAAAUUCAAUUACUUUAGAAGUAAAGAGUAAAUGGUCAUCGCCAGUUCCUCCUCCAAAAUUAUUUGAUGAUUUUGAAGAAGUUAUAAGACCAUCAAUUGUGCCUACUAAACAAAAUAUAGAAAAGAAGAUUGACAUUCCUGUUGUAAUUGAUUCACCCGAGAAAUCACCAAUAACUACAGGAUCAGACAGUAUUUUUGACACUUCUUCUGUAUCUUUAAGCAAAUCAUCAACGCCUCAAGUCAAGAAUGUUUGUUCGUUUUUGACAGAUCUUGAAAGUGAAGGAUACUUAUCAAGUUACAGUGAACGUUAUGAUAACAACAGUGACAAUGAGGAUGUGAAUACACUGAUUCAUUUAAAUAAAGUGGAAUCGGCUACAAGUGUGUUUAGUUUGAAUCAAGAACCUGAUACAACAGUCGAUAAAUUAGAGACUAAGUUAGUGGAAAUAAAAGAUAGUGAUUCAGAAAGUGAUAGCGAUGAUGAAUCUAGUUCCUCGUCUAGUUCCUCGUCAUCGAGUAGUGAAAGUAGUGAAGAAGAAACUUCAGAUGAAUCAACUGAUGAUGAAACUAGCAAAAUUGUCAAUAUUUUUAGUGGUUUUGGACGAUUUGAUGCAACCUCUAUGCCUAUGGUGACACAAAUUAAACCAAUUAGCUCGGCACAAACUGCUCCAACGCCAACAGAAAAUGUAACGACAAGAUUUCAACCACAUCAAAGUAUAAUACGACCACCAGCUUUAGUGACAAAUCUUACAAAACCUCCACUCUACACACCCACAUGCAUUUCAACUCCAAACAAUAUCCAAGCAUCUCCAAUUGUACCACCAUUUGGACAAUCUCAAUUUCCCAUUCCAUUUAAAAUCUAUUCGCUGAGAGAUGCAGGCAACAAUGGAAUGAUUUUCCCACAAACUACUAUGUCAAUGCAACCUCCUGUAAUUCCAGUCAUAUCCGAAAAAGAGAAAGAUAAAGACAAGGACAGAGAUAGAAGUGAAAAACGUCCAGAAAAACGAGAACGUGAAAAGCAUAGAUCCCAUAGUAGAGAACGUGACAGGAAAAAAUUAAAAGAAGAUCGUAGAGAUUACGAGCGAAGAAAAACACCACCCAAAAGAAGGACUCCAUCGCCUAGACGUAGAAGUAUAUCUCCUAGACGGAAACAUGUGGAUGAAAAACGAGACACAAAGAGACGAGAUUUCAGUCCUAAACAUAGAUUGUCACAUAAUUCAAGACAUAGUCCUGUGCGAAGAAAUAGAAGAUCACCUCCUUCAAGAGGCAGAACGCCACCUCCAAAAGUUCGAAGGUUAUCACCAGUUUCAAAAUAUCGUCGCAGCUCUAGUCCAUCGUAUGGUCGAUCACCAUCUCCUGUAUAUCGUAGAAAUCGCUAUAGUCCAUCGACAAACAAUGAACAAACGCAUUUGCGUAGAACUCCAUCAAGGUCGCCUGAAUAUGAUCGUUAUGAUAGACGUUCUUAUUCACCGUCGUUCAGAAAAAUGGAAUCACCAAAUAAUGGAUAUAAGCCAGAUUCAACAAUAAGCGACACGGAAUUAGAACGUCAACAGCAAUUUUCACAAAUGAAUGAUUUUUAUUCAUGGAAUUCAACAGUUAUGCCUUCACACUCACCACGUCGACCAAAUCUUGAUGAUCGAAUCAAUCGAAUGCUCUCAGAUUCACCAACACAAAAUUCAUCCUCAUUACAAUAUCCAAUUGACAGCUCAUAUUAUUCACAUCAUGACAAUCCACAAUAUCCACAUCCACAUAUAAAUCAUAGUCAUCAAAAUCAUCAAGGAUUUUAUUAUACCGAUAUUUAUCCUCAUAAUCAGUCAUUUAUUCCACCACCAACAAAUAUGGAUUCUAGAUAUCAGACACCAUUAAUGAAUAAUCAUGCACAAUCUUAUGAGGAUAACUACAAUACAUUUUCAUCUCCACGUAACUUUGUCAAUAAUUCGAAUCUCGUUGAGAUCACACAACAGAAACGCGAAAAACAACGUGUAGGAAGCAAUCAAAUAGCUGUCCAAGUCGGAAACUGUUUAGAAAUAGUUCCAAACAAUGAAGUUUUAUCGCCACAACCAGUUAAACCACCAGUUCCAAAGCCAUUAUCACCAGAAGAAAUCAGACAGCAGGCUGAGAAGUUGGAACAGGCAAAAAUUAGACGAAAAGCAGAACGUGAACGAAGGAGAAUGGCAAAAUAUUUGAGAAAAGAAAAGUUACGUCAAGAAAUACAAAAAUAUUUUGAUGCAGGCAUUAAUAUUGAAGAUUCUGAUGAUGAAGCGCUAAUCAAGUUGCGCCCAAUUAAUAUGAAUGCUGUUGCUGAGCGUGGAAUCAUUAAAAAGCCAAAACCAGAGGAUAUUCCAACAUCAGAUAUAAAGGACGAUAACGAUAAAAUUAAAGAAAUGGAACAAGAAAAAGAAAAACAAAGUGUGGAAAAGAAAGAAACAAGCAGCAAAAAGGUGCUUUUUAAGGACGGAAUUUUACCAGGCGAAACUAGUUCCGAUAAUGAGUUGCAUCAUGACAAUGACCACGAAAAGAAAGUCAAACUGAAACGAAAGCGAUUGAGAAAACAGCGACUUACUGAAUUGAUUAAGGAACGCAAAAAGAAUGUACCAACAAAUGAGAUGCAAAUUAUUGUUCAGAAGCAAGAUCAAUUAGACACAGCUCCUCCUCCAUCACCUCCUUUCGGAUCGCCACCUGCUCAUUUGAAACAGCCAAGAUUAAAAAAUAUAACACCGGACAUGUUUGCUGCAUUUGGUGUCAAUGUUGAUCCAAUGUAUUAUCAUUUACAUAAGAUUCAAAUGAUUCAAAACGAAAACAACUUUCAUCUUCAACCUCGCGGUAACAACCAUAAUAAUGAUAAUCGAUAUCGUUAUCAGAACAAGCAUCAUAACAAUACGCAAUACCAGCCAAAUUAUCCUCAACAGAGAUAUUCUGUUCCACAAAAACCUCACAAUUCAAUGGAUCCAAGAAUCAACCAGCAACGGACAGCUGAAAAAACAUUUGCUUAGACUGCCUUUUUUUUAAAAAAAAAUAAAACAAAAAUAUGAUUUUUCUUUAUUUAAACUUUAAGAUAACUUUUAAGACUUUAAACUCGGUCAUAAUACCUAAGUUUUAACUUUUUUGGCAUUUUUUUUUUUUUCAUUAAUGAUUUUUAAUGUUUUAGUUCCACAAAAUAGAGAGAACAAUCUUAUUGAGUUUUUCUUUGUUUCCUUUCGUUUAUUUAAAAAUAUAGUUAUUGUACAUAGAAGAUAAAAAUCUCAAUUAGGUCAAAUAACAACGCGGAAAUGAACAUGAAAUUAAAUUUGAAUAAUGCAAUAAAAAUCAUAAAAAUUGUAAUUAUUAAUGAUUACCAA